AUAGAAGGAAAGAGGGGAAGAGGGGGAGAGACUGGAAGGAUGGAGAGAGCAUUGCGUCAUCGGGGGUGUGUUGAUCGGGAGGCAGGCCGAGCCGGCUGUCAGUCAGUGACGCCAGCAGAGCACGUGCGCCGGUCAUGGCUGGGAAGAUGCUGCGUGGCGGUUAUCUGGCUGUGGGGGAGGAGAGCUAGAAACAGCCACAGCUCUUCUUGUCGUCGGGGUGUGACCGAUGGAUGGAGAGUGUCCGAGUGUGUGUGUGUGUUUGCAGGGUGUGUGUGCAUGCAGAUGCUGCAUGGGGUGCAACCGGAGCUGCUGCUGCUGCUGCUGGUGAAUAAUGCAGACAGGAGAAGGGAGUGUGGAUGGCAUGCGGGGAACCAGAUGAAUAAUGCAUCCUGCCGGGUUAUGAGCUCUGCAUUAGUUAGUUGAGCUGGAACCUGUGGCUUACACAACUGCCCAUCUGCCUGACUUACUGUCCGCCUACGUUUCUGCCGCCAGCCUUACUACCUGCCUGACUAGACCCAGAAAAUGUCUCACUACCAUUUCAUCAAAUGCUGUUGUUUCCAGCUAUGUAACGUCUUUCGUCAAAACAUGGAGAUAGACCAGUGCCUGCUGGAGUCUCUCCCCAUUGGCCAGCGACAGCGGCUGGUCAGGAGGAUGCGCUGUGAUCAAAUAAAGGCUUACUACGAGAGAGAAAAGAGCCUUCAGCGCAAGCAGGGCGGAGUCAAAGUCCGGGCCCCGCCCUCUCACCGCAAAAAACACCGUAUUCGAUUCAACCUUACUGAUGUCAUAAAGGACGCCAUCAUUCGCCAUGACGACAAAGAAGUAUUACGUCUCCUUAAGGAGGGAGCAGAUCCCAGCAGUCCCAUUUCUUCUGGAGGAUCGUUGCUACACUUGUGCGCUCGCCAUGACAACGUCUUCGCGGCAGAGCUCCUGAUCGAACGCGGCCUGAACGUCAACCUGCAGGACGAGGACCUGUGGACGGCUCUGCACGUAGCCAGCGCGUGUGAUCAUGCAGAUCUGGUGUUGCUGCUGCUGCUGGCCGGGGUGAACGUUUUGCUCCAGGACGUCAACGGGAACAUUCCUCUGGACUACGCCUGUGAGGGGACGGAGACAAACUACAUCCUCCGCAAACAUCUAGAGGAAAAUGGUGUGGACUUGUCAUCACUGCACGCCAUGAAGGCUCAAAGAUCCAGCAACAUGCUGACUGAUGUUCGACAGCUCAUCGCAUCCGGAGGAAACCUCGACCAACCCAAUGAUGACGGCGUCACGCUGCUCCACAUAGCCUGUGCCGGCGGUUACAGAGAGGUCGCAUCCCUGCUGCUGGAGAAUGGAUCAAACCCUCACCCUGCUGACAACAACCUCUGGACCCCUCUCCACCUGGCUGCUAAAUACGGGCAGACAAGCAUCGUUAGUCAGCUCCUGAGGCGAGGUUCCAACCCGACUCUGUUGAACUGCAACCACGACAAGCCCUCAGACAUCGCUGCGUCAGAGCCCAUAGCUGGCAUGUUGCUGAAAGUGGAGGAAAGCUGGCUGCAGCGCCUGAAGGAUCCGUCUGCUCCUUUACCCACCACCGACAAACGCUAUGACGGUGGAUCACAUGACCUCAACACCCCUGUAAAGAACUUGAAUCCACUGGGUCUCCCCAUCUCAAAGCAGGACAGUUUUCUAGAGAAGUGUGCCAUGUUCAGAGAGGCAGGUGAGGCACUGAGCCGGCAGCCCUCCCAGGACAACGGCCUCGACGGUCCCUUCAGCUCUGGAGCCAGCAAACUGGAGCAGGUCAAGUUGAUGCCUCCAGCGCCCAACGAUGAUCUGGCGUCUCUCAGCGAGCUAACUGACAGCAGCCUGCUCUACGAGAUGCAGAAGCGCUUUGGGAACGACCAAAUCUACACUUACAUUGGACACAUUCUUCUUCUUGUCAAUCCAAACAAAGAGCUGCCAAUCUACUCUACUUUGGUGAGUCAGUUGUACCUGAGCUCCACGGGCCGACUCUGCUCCUCCCUGCCUCCUCACAUCUUCUCCUCUGCAGAGAGAGCAUACCACAUGAUGCUGCAGGAGAGACGCCCACAGUGUUUCAUCCUCAGUGGUGAGAGUGGCUCUGGGAAAUCAGAGGCGUGCAGACACAUAGUGAGGCACCUGACAGCUCGCUCCAGUCCCAAAGGCUUCGCGCUGGAGCCCAGAAUGAAACACGUGAACUGUAUUUUGGAGGGGUUUGGCCAUGCAAGGACUCAGAGUAACAACAACUCAAGCCGCUUCAUCAAACUCUUCACAAUCCAGUACUGUGACAAGACGAAGACUCUGCUCAGAGCUCGUGUGCACACCUACAUGCUAGAGAAGUCUCGCCUGGUCCACCUGCCUCCACACCAACACAGCUUCAACAUCUUCUACCUGAUGGCUGAGGGCCUGUCGUCGGAGGAGAAGAGUGCACUUUACCUCAAUAAUGUCCUGGCUCAUAGGUACCUCAGUAGAGAACAUCCAGGUGAGAACCCUCCAGUAGCUACAACCUCUACCCAGAGCAGGGAACACAUCACUGCUCUCAAACAAGCUCUGCGAGCCUUAGGAUUCAACAAACAGGAUGUUGACUCAGUGUUUACAUUGCUGUCUGCUGUGCUCCAUAUUGGGGAUCUAAGAUUCGCGGCGGUGACAGACGCUGACACAGCCUUCCCUUCAGACCUGCAAAUGCUAGAGAGAGCUGCUGGAUUGCUGCAGGUGUGUCCUAAUGACUUAAGCUCCGCCCUCACCUGUGAUAUUCAGUAUUUCAAAGGAGAUGUCAUCACUCGGCGCCACACGGUGGAGAUGUCGGAGCAAUACAGGGACCAACUAGCCAAGGCCAUUUACGGGCGUCUGUUCAGCUACCUGGUUAACAGCAUCAAUGACUACCUGCAGGGACAAGAUGACAGCAUUGGGGAUCCUGCUUUGGAAAUUGGGAUCUUGGACAUCUUUGGGUUUGAAGCUUUUCAGAAGAACGGAUUUGAGCAGCUGUGUGUAAACAUCACCAACGAGCGGCUGAGGACGUACGUCUCGGAGGUGCUGUUUCAGCAGGAGGAAGCUGAGUGUCUGCAGGAGGGCAUCGCCAUAGAGACCCCGCGCUCCCAUGGCAACCAGCCGGCACUUCUGGACUUCUUUCUCCAGAAGCCUCAGGGUCUGCUGAGUGUAGUAGACGAGGAGAGCCAGAGCCUGCGAUCAGCAGAACAUACACUGUACAAGCGGCUGUCAGCACAGCUCGAGUCCAACCCAACUCCUGGCAUCUCUCUCACCACCAAGGAUGGAAAUGGGAACCCUCCACCCAAAGACCAGGGUCCAGCAUUUACUGUCAGCCACUACGCUGGACAGAUUUCUUAUGACCUCACGGGAUCCCUGAUCAGAAACAAAGACUCUCUCCCUCAGAAUCUCUUGUUUACGCUGAAGUCCAGUGAGAGUGUGUUACUGCAGCAGCUCUUCCAGUCCAAGCUGACUCAGACUGGUUCUCUGGUGCCAGCAGCCCAGGGUCGUGUAGGGCUGAGGGGGCCCAAAGCUGCCUUGUUGCUCCGCAGGAUGUCUUUGGCCUCCCCGAGUAAUGCCGCCAUUGUCCUCCAACAGCCGCGGAGGUACCCUGACCUUAGCAAGAUGAUGAAGAAGAAGGGAGCAAGCUCCUUCCUCCAGCGUCUGGAGCGAUGUGGUCCAAUCACGGUGGGCGUUCAGCUGCGGAACUUGUUGUCAGAGAUGAUCAGCAAGCUGCAGAGUUCAGCGCCUCACUACGUGGAGUGUGUGCGCCCAAACGCCAGCCGUCAGCCAGACAGCUUUGACAGCUUCCAUGUGUCGACCCAGCUGCAGUACAUCGGCGUGCUGGAGAUGGUGCGCGCGAUCCGAUACGGAUACCCCGUCUGCCUGCCCUUCCUAGGCUUCCUCAGCAGGUAUAAGGACCUCGUGAUUCCUGCAUUUGGAAAUAAGAAGAAAGUGUCACCAGAGGAGAAGUGCCGCUUGGUUCUGCAGCAGUCCAAACUCCAGGGAUGGCAGAUGGGCAGCAGUAAAGUGUUCCUGAGGUACUGGCAGGCAGAUCAGCUCAACGACCGCUGCUACCAGCGCCGCAGGAAGAUCAUCACCUGUCAAAAAGUGGUCCGGGGUUGGCUGGCCCGACGGCGCGUUCGCCGCCGGCUGACACUGCAGCAGAAAGAGGAGCGCACUGUGCAGCGCUUCCUGCAGGGGGCGGAGGACAUGGGGCUGCGAACCUACGACCAGCUGGUCAUUCAAAAUGCCUCGGAUAUCGCGCGCGAGAGCGACCGGCUGCGUUGCCAUGGCAGCAGUCUCCUCAACACACUUGGCAGCAGCCCGCCGCUUGGUGAGAGGCCCGAACCGGUGGGCAAGGAGGAGGAGCAACCUGUCAGGAGGGUUGUGGAGAAAAUCGGGAAAGUCCCUGAGGGAUCUGUCAACGGGAGUGGUCGAGUUAUUCGCCACUUUCGCUCUAGCUCAGUUCCCACCCCUCUCGCCAUGGACAUCAUGGUCCAUUCUACAGCCAGUCAAUCCAUCAAACCCACCCUGCAACAGUCAGCCCAUACCACAGAUGACUGGGCCGGUGGGGGAAGCCUCGCUUCUCCUCGGAAGCAGCCUCCUCCCAAACCAAAGAGGGAUCCCAACACUCGUCUCAGUGCAUCUUAUGAAGUCGUUAGUGCCGGGUUGGUGAUGGGAGUCAAAGAGAGCCCCACACCAGAGGGAUGUGGUUCCCCGGCUGGAAGCCCUCCAAAAUCCCAGCUGUCCCCAACAGACCCUGCAGGCUUCUCCAAACCCCGUCCAUACAGUGAUGACUACACAACCAUGAGGAAGGUGCCACCCCCCAAACCUAAACGCAGUCCCAACACUAAGCUGACAGGCUCUUAUGAGGAAAUCAAUGCUGCAGCUCCACACCUCCACCAACUGCGCCCUGCUGAUGUAAAGCUGGCUCUGCUGUCCCGGGCUGCGGGGCUGGGAGGACACGGUGCUCUGAUGCAGAAAGCAGCCUCUUUAGAUGCAUCACCAGGGGUGGCACUGAGCCUGUUCCAGUGCCAAGAUGAGGAGGAUGUCUACAUAGAGAUGGUGGGUUCUCAACCCCGAGCACAGAGCCUCCAAGAGCCUCCUGAAAGUCCCGACCUGCUUGACUCAGAAGCUGUCUACGAGGAGAUGAAGUACGUCCUUCCUGACGAUGGUGGAGCUCCUCCUACGGUAGCUGCCAAGGCAGCCAAGCUGGAGGCUCUUGGCUUGGCUCUUUUGGGACUAGGGACAUCUCCUUCUCCAAGUGGAGAAACUAAACGGGUGAAAGCAGCAGCGGUCCCUGCCAGUGACGUCCCACACGCACAGAGCAUGUCCACCACCGGGGCCACAAAACCUCAGCAAGGAAAAGACGGUAGCUGUGAUAUCCCCGCCCCUUUCCCCAACUUGCUCCCACACCGCCCUCCCCUUCUGGUUUUUCCGCCCUCCCCUGUCACCUGCUCACCAGCUUCUGAUGAGUCACCUCUCACUCCGUUGGAGGUAAAGAAGCUGCCUGUUUUUGAGACAAACCUGAACUAUGCUACUGGACCAGACAGCCCUCUGUCCCCACAGUUUGCUCGCCAGAGGGCUGAUUCCUCCCCAAGCCUCACUGUCUUGAUGCCAGAGAAGAAGUCGACACCUCCACUCACCCCACCACCACCUCCUCCUCCCCCUAAUGCCCCACCUCCCCCUUACAGACCCCCUUCCCACUUCCCUUUCCCACCUGAGGCAGGUUUCCCAGCUCUAACCCGAGCAGCAUCCAUUAUAGGGAGUACGGAAUCCACUAAAACGCCAUCAUCACAAAGGCCGGGUGGAGACCCACUUGGAAAGCCACCGCCGUACUCCCCAGUGAAGAUGUCCCGUCCCGAACCUCGGAGAGCUCACUCGUGUUCAUCUUCUCCCCUACUGUUUAACCCAGCCAACAGCAGAGCGCUGACCAGCCCCCUGGAUGAGCUUAACACUCUGUUCAGCUCUGGACGAAGCCUGCUGAGGAAGUCCUCAUCCGGGCGGAAAAUGAGAGACGGAGCAGGAUUCAAUUCUAACAUCAAUGUGCCGGGGCGGGAAGAAUGUGGCUCUGCCCCCACUUCACCGUCUCUGCAACUGCAGGACAAGAAUGCCAACAACCACUCGCCACACUCCUCAAGCCCCGCCCCUGUAGAGAAUGGCAACCAGAUUCCAAAUGGUUCUUUGGAGGAUGAGAUUCAAAGCAAAUCAAACUCGUCCACCUCGACGUCUCUGCACAGACACUUGGACAGUCAUCACACUCAGGUGCUCCAGCGGUUACGGCUGGGCGGCGGGAAUGAGAGCGCCGCCCUCAGGGAGCUUCUGGGAUGGCGGCGUGCACAGUGUGAGGUGCGGAGUGACUGGCGGCACCGCCCACCUCGAUGCCCACCCCUGCCCCCCACGCUGCUCUGGACCAACAGGAAGCCUUCUCCAUGACAGAGGCUCCCCUCAGAGGCUUGGAUGCUGCUGUCUUUUUGGUUUUGUUCCUUCGGCGGUUCUCAACAGAGGAUCAUCCAUCUCCAUCUCACCUGGAACCGCUAUGGAAGUCCGAUCUGUAUGCUUCUCUGCAACCACACUGUGGCCCAA